GAUCUCAUCGAAGACCUCAAGUCCGAGCUGGGUGGCAAGUUCGAGGAUGUCAUCGUAGCCCUGAUGAUGCCACCGGAAAAGUACCUCUGCAAACAGCUGCACAAGGCCAUGGACGGCAUGGGCACCAACGAGGAUGCCCUCAUCGAGAUUCUUGCUCCGCAAACGAACGAAGAGGUCAAGAAGAUCGUCGACUGCUACGAGGAUAUGUACAACCGUCCUCUGGCGGAGCAUCUGUGCAGCGAGACGGACGGCAGUUUCCGUCGGUUGUUGACGAUGAUCAUCGUUGGAGCGAGAGAUCCCCAGGGAACCGUUGAUGCGGACUUGGCCGUAGAGCAGGCCAACCAGCUGUACAACGCCGGUGAGGCCAAGCUGGGUACCGACGAGGAAGUAUUCUACAAGAUCUUGGCUCACGCCAGCUUCGAUCAGUUGGAAAUCGUUUUCGACGAGUACAAGAAGCUCUCCGGACGCACCAUCGAGCAGGCCAUGAAGGACGAACUGAGCGGAGAGCUGUACGAUGCGCUCAGUGCCAUCGUGGAGUGUGUCCAGAUGGCGCCGCAUUACUUCGCCAAGCGUCUGCACAAGGCGAUGGACGGCGCCGGAACGGAUGAUGCGAGUAUGAUCCGCAUCAUCGUCACCCGCUCGGAGCUUGAUUUGCAGAACAUCAAGGACGAGUACGAGCAGAUGUACAACAAGACGCUGCUGAGCGCCGUUCGGGGCGAAUGCUCCGGUGAAUACAAGCAUGCUUUAUGCGCUCUGCUCGGUGAAGCUUAAACGAACCACCUGGAAAACAUGAUUUAUGACCCUAUAUAUCUCACACCAUAUGAAGUCGAAUACUGAAUAUUUUAUUCGUCGUUUUAGAUAAGAAUCGAUAUUAUAACCCAUAUGUAUUGUGUACGUUAUAAAUGGUUAUACAUUUAUUGCAAUCAAAACGCACCUGCAUUUUACUUGUUAGUUUAACAAUCAUGAUUCAUAUUUGAGUGCUAACUAGAAAAGACAUAACUCAGUUCAACUUUGAACAAACAGAUCGAACAGGUAAUUUUAGUUAACACGAGAGAAAUACCAAAAGAAAAGUGCAAUUAGCAAACCUAUCGAAGGCCUUAGAAAAAAAAACUAUAGAUUACAAUACAGCAUGGAAGCAAAUGAGCAACAAAUUAUUUAAAUAUGUAUGCGAUUUGAAACAAUUGUCGACGUCUUAAUGUUCAAUAAAUUAUAGAUUGGAAGCAGCGUAGCUUCACGCUUGCAUAGAA